AUGGCAGAAGAGAAGACUAUCAACAGUGGGAAGGACCACUCUGAACCCCCGACAGAACAUCAUGGCAUCGACCAGGAGACCAAGCUCGAGUCUGCAGACGUGGUUGAGGACGUGAAUUCCGACGAGGAGGAGGAGCCAGUCGUGACGUUCAAGACAUGGAUUGUCGUGGGGAUUCUGUCCUGCGGCUACGGUCUGUCCUUCUGGCCCAUUCCAGUCAUGGCAAAUAUCGGGGGCCUCAUCGCCGGGGAGCUCGACGCCCCGUCGGAAUACAUCUGGUUCAUCCCUUCCUGGACGAUAUCCAUCACCGUUUGCUUUAUGCUGUGUGGCGCAAACACCGACAUGCUUGGCCGACGUUGGUUUUUGACCCUUGGAAAUCUGAUAUGCACCGUUGGCCACAUUGUCACUGCUUCCUCCAAGAACGUCAACGCCGUCAUCGCAGGAAUGGCUAUAUCAGGAUUCGGUGGAGCCAACUGCCAGAUGGCUGCAUUUGCGCUGCCUGAAUUGCUCCCGAACAAAUGGCGCCAUAUCGGCGUCGUGAUAGCAGACGUGACGACGCUUCUGGCCGUCAUCCUUGCGCCGAUUACUGGUCUGUACGGCUUCCACUCGCACUCGUGGCGAUGGAACUUUUAUGCCGCGGCAAUUGCACAGUUCCUGUCAUUUCUCGGACUGCUCUUCCUCUAUUUCCCUCCCGCCCAUCCAUACGGAUUACCGGUGAAGAAGGUGCUACCGAAGAUUGACUAUGUCGGGGGCGCCUUGUUCGUUGCGGGUGCAGUCCCCGCGCUUGUCGGAAUGGUGUAUACCACGGUCGUGCCGUCGGACGAUGCACACGUCGUCGCCCCGUUGGUGAUUGGAUUCUUCUUCAUCGUCUGCUUUGCGCUGUGGGAGACGUUCUCACGCAGCGAGCAUCCGUUGACCCCGACGUACGUCUUCGCGUCGUCCCGGGGCCGCGACUUCACGGCGCCGGCGAUCGCGCUGGCCGUGGUCAACAUGUUCUACUACUCCGGGAGCAUUCUGUGGCCGACCAUCAUCAACGCCUUCUACACCGACGGCGGGGCCGACUGGCACUACGCCAUCGUGCUGUCCCUGCCGCAGGGGCUGGCCAUCACCCUCGGCGCCUUGAUGCUAUCCGUCUUGGGCGGCAGGAUCAAGAACUGGCAGUGGCAGUUGACGGGGUCGGUCUUCGUCAUGGUCCUCUUCGGCUCGCUCUUGGCCAUGGUGUCGCCCACGAACAAGGGCCUGAUGAUCGCCUUCAUCUUCCUGUCGCAGUGCGGCUACGGCUGGGCCAUUUACCUGUCCAUUGCGGUGGCCCAGAUGGGCGUUGAGCACAAAGAUCUGGGAUUGAGUGGUGGCAUCGCCGGCGUUUUUCGAUUUGCUGCCGGGUCGAUUGGCGCGGCCGUGUACACGACAAUCCUCACCAACGAAACGAACAAGUCAAUGGCCAAGCUCGUUCCCGCCGCCGCCGUUGCCGCCGGCCUGCCCCAGUCGAAGAUCCCCGACCUGCUCAGCGCCAUUGGCACCCCGGCCCUGGCGAAGGAGUUCAGCCAAGCCGUCGUCGCGGCGGUAGGACCAGCCGUAGACCAGGCUCAUGUGCACGGUAUCCGAAUGGUGGCGUUUGCGUCGUUGGCUUUUGGCAUUGUCGGCAUCAUCGCGUGCAUGUGCUGCAAGGACGUCGACAAGAAGAUGAACAACAAGGUAAACCCUCCCCAAGCGGAUAGGAGUGCGAACAAAGGCUGA